AUGCCCCGUGAGCACCCACCGUCCGUCUCCCGCUGGUCACUUGACCAGAUUCCAUUUCUGUCAUCACUCUCACUAUCAUUUUCACUUUUGCCCUCUGGCUAUUCCUGGCUCUAUAUUGUCCUAGCAAUACCCGUCGUCAUGGCCGCCGGCCUCUUCUCCAUCCCAGGUUUGGGCGACAGGUUCGCGGUGCGGUAUCGAUCACAGCAACAGAAACGAACCGAGCUGCAUAAACAGAGGAUGGGCUCGACCAAGUUCCUUGGCUCUCAGGUGGGAGGCAGCUCUGUCAUCAGCUACUCUUACACCGAUUUCCCCUGGAAGCUGCUCGCAUGGGACAUCUACUACUUUUUCCAGUACAUCUGGGCGCUUCCGUGGAUCGUAUGGCCUAUUACCCCAGCCGACUCGGGGGAGCUGGACGAGUUGGCUUUCACAAGACAAAACCUCUUUUGUGUGUGUACGCACCUUUUUCUGUGCGUUUUGCAAAUUGCCUUCAUUCUGGCAUUGCCAUUUGCCAUCUUACUGCCUAUCUGGAUCGCUGGCCUCGCCUUCGGUGCCUUCUUCGCCAUCAAUUAUCUGCUCUGUUUGCUCCUGAACGGGCCAACUCUCACCUACACCUCGGACCCCAAGUAUGCACCAGAGCUACCGGAGCACGCUCACGAGAAAUGGAUCUUUUUGAACGGAGUUGCUGUAGGGGACCAUUGGAUGAAGAAUAAUUUGAACAGACUUGCUCUCACCUUUAAGCGGCCCAUCCUUGGUAUCCACAACCAGACUUCAGGAAUCCUGUUUGACGUUGUCGAGUGUCUAAUCCAACGGAACCUCGGAUACGCUACGUACGAUGUGCGCAUGUGCUAUCGUAUUGUCAAGGAAACACUCUACAACCCGCAGUACUCCAAGGUUGUCUUCGUGUUACAUUCACAAGGAGGUAUUGAAGGUGGCCUGGUUCUCGACUGGCUGUUGCAGGAACUGCCACAAGAUCUUCUUGCCAAGCUUGAGGUAUACACUUUUGGCAAUGCCGCAAACCACUUCAACAACCCCCAUCGCCAUGCAGUGUCUCAGGCUCUCGCACAAAAUAACCCUGCCGCCAUGACAUUGACUACAACCAGCAUAACCCACGGCGAUUUUGUCAGCAGUCCCAUAUCGCCAAUCGCCAACAGCGGCCAACAUCGCCUGGUCUCGAGUCUCAGCAAUGGAACCAAAAGCGAAAACGGCAACCCACGCACACCCAGUAUCCCCAAAGAGUCGUCGUCCAUUUCCUCUCGAUCAUCGACAGCCGCACUGGAUCGCGCCAUCGGCCAUGUUGAGCACUACGCCCACACCACGGACUUUGUCGCAAUAUGGGGCGUCCUGCACUUCUGCACAUCCCUCACAGCGGACCACAGCAUGCCGCGCUUCAUCGGGCGGCUCUUCGUGCGGGCGUCGGAGCGCGGCGGUCACCAGUUCUGCCAGCAUUACCUCGACGGCAUGUUCCCCCUCGCAAAGAAUCCGGAGACGGGCGAGUUUAUCGGCGCCGCGGAGGAGAGCGAGUUCAUGGAGAGCGAGAUUCAGGUCGGGCGGCAGGGUGACGCCGGAGCCAAUGCUCGCGAGGCGUUUGAGGUCACGUACCUGGGUCGUGAUGUCAAUAAUGAGGUCGAGUUCCACGGAGAGCACGUCAGGGGGCGGCACAGGAAGAAGACGGUCAAGGUGAAGGAUCUUUCGAGGCUAUGGCUUUAUCGCAAUGGACGUAGCCCGCCCGAGACGCCGCCAUAUUUGUAUACGGAGAAUGGUAUUGUGAGGAACGCGACUUUGUAA